AUGCCGCCCAUCGGCAGCAGUUUCCGCAGCAUCAUGCGUGGCAACUCGUCGUCCGAGGGCUCAUCGUCGUCCAUGUCCGACGAGACGGACGUCCAGAUGCAAGGCUGGAUGCGCAAACAGAAGGAGACGCUGCGGUCCUGGGCACGGCGCUACUUCACGCUCACUGGCAAGACGCUCACGUACUACGACAGCGAAGACACGAGUCGCGGCGCCCGCGGCGUGCUCGAGUUUGUCGACGUGACGCCGCUCACGACCGAGCACAAUGGCCUGGCGCUGCACCUCGUGAACGGCAAAGAAGUGCGGCUAUUGGCGGAUACGCACGUGGCGUACGCGGCCUGGAUGGCGGUGAUGUCAGCUGCGGUCAAGCGGCCACGGUCGAGCAAGACACGGACGAGCAAGGAAGGCUGGGCCCAUUGCCUCACGGACGACGAGGUCUGGACGCGCUUCUUUGUCGUGAUCAAGCACGACAGUUUCAGCUGUUACGAGUCGGAAGACGACGAUGCCGAGCUGGCGCUCUCGGGCUUGAUCCGAGCGGUUAAUGAGUGGGACGGCAAGCGCUUUGGCAUUGUGUGCUCGCUCAAUCGCGGCCGGACAAUCAAGCUCUGCUUUGAUUCGGCGGAAGAGCGUAUGUCGUGGUUCCUCACGCUCGAGUUUUCCGUCUCGUAUGGGGCAGCACGGAUGAAGAAGGAAGCAGCGAGCAAGGGGAAAAGUAGCAGCGAUUUGAAUCCAGUGGUCGUGCGGGCGGAGUCCGGCAAGGCGGACGCAGCGGCGGAGGUACAAGAGGACGAUGGGGGUCGAUGCCCCAUUGAAACAGCGUUCCUGUCCGACAUUCGCUGUUUCGUGCUUGUUGCGUUCUACUUGAUGCUGCCCUUCUGA